AUGGUUAGAACAGAUAGAAACUUGAUUAAUGUUGUGGAUGUGUCUGAAUUCAAUAUUACUGUUGGUCAUCCAAAUGGAAUAAGUAUUAAGGUUUUAAAAAUUAGUGAUUUAAAACUGACUGAUGAUAUACUGUUGAAAGAUGUCUUUUAUGUUCCUUGUUAUAGUGAUUCCAGUUCAAAGAGAAUCCUGAUGAGUGGUAGUCAGGAUUGUGGUCUGUAUUUUGUAGGAAAUUCUGGUAAUGAUGUUAAUGCCUGUUUCAAUAGUUCUGUGAAAUCUUUUACUUGGCAUAGUAGGCUAGGACACCCUUCAGAUCAGGAGAGCAGUAGUGGACAAGGUACCAACGAGAGGGCAGAGGACACUAUAGGAUCAAAUGCUGAGACCAACCAAUCUGAGGGUAGUAUAAAUGUUAGAAAAUCUUCUAGAAAUACUUCUAUGCCUAGAAAUAUUGAUGACUUUGUUGUUGAGGGUAAAGUUAGAUAUGGUAUAGAAAAGGUUGUUAGCUAUGCACAUUUGUCUUAUGAAAAUAAGUGUUUUGUUGCUUCAUUGAAUAAAACUUUAGAGCCUACUUCUUAUAGUGAAGCUGCUAAGGAUGAUAACUGGGUAGAAGCCAUGAAUAAUGAAAUGGAAGCCUUGUAUAAAAAUAAUACUUGGAUAUUAGUUGAUCUUCAAAAAGGUAGGAAACCUAUAGGAUGCAAAUGGUUUAAUAAGAUCAAAUAG